GUCUUUAUUUGUUUAUCACAUUUCCAUCCCAUUUUUUCUCCCACACGACCCGAACUCCCCCUAUAUAUAAUACAUCUCCUCGGUUCUCUCCACACUCAAAACACGAGCAACUCAUUUCAUCAACCUUUCUUCUCUCCCCACAAAUAAGAAAAACUUUAAGCUCUUAAUAUUAAAUUUUAUAUAUACCCCAAAGAAGGAUAUGGCAAAAGAUGUGGGAAUGAUGGAGGCGGGAAGAGCGCUGAGCAGCAACAAAGACUACCAGGAUCCACCCCCAACACCAUUCAUUGAUAUGGAAGAGCUCAGCAGCUGGUCUUUCUAUAGAGCCAUCAUCGCGGAGUUCACCGCCACUUUUCUCUUCCUUUAUGUUCUCGCUCUCACCAUCAUUGGCUACCAAUCCCAGACUCAUCCUUCCCCUGGAAAGGUAGAUUCCUGCGCCGGCGUCGGCCUUCUCGGCAUUUCUUGGGCUGCCGGGGGCACCAUCUUUGUCCUUGUCUACUGCACCGCCGGGAUUUCAGGUGGUCACAUAAAUCCGGCGGUGACGUUUGGGCUAUUUUUGGCGCGGAAGGUGUCACUGGUGCGGGCGUUGAUGUACAUGGUGGCUCAGUGUUUGGGAGCCAUAUGUGGGGUUGGGCUGGUUCAGAGCCUACAAAAGUCCCAUUUCAACACCUUUGGUGGUUCAGCCAACGGGGUUCAACCCGGGUUCAGCCACGGCGUCGGUUUGACCGCGGAGAUUAUGGGAACAUUCGUCCUUGUCUACACCGUUUUCUCCGCCACCGAUCCCAAGAGGAAUGCUAGAGAUUCCCAUAUUCCUGUGUUGGCGCCUCUUCCAAUUGGUUUUGCAGUAUUCAUGGUUCAUUUGGGCACCAUCCCCAUCACCGGCACCGGUAUUAAUCCGGCUAGGAGUCUUGGAUCAGCUGUUGUCUUCAACAAUGCUAAGGCUUGGAAUGACUUGUGGAUCUUUUGGGUGGGACCAUUCAUUGGGGCAGCACUGGCAGCACUGUACCAUGAGUUUGUAUUAAGGGCCGGUGCAGUUAAAGCCAUAAGUUCAUUCAGAAGCAUCUAAUUAUUAAAGACAAAGUUCCAGAUGUGAACUAAUCAAAACAACCGCUGGGCCAUUUGUAUUGUAUCUUUUGCUGGGAGGAUGGGAUCAAGAAUUAAUCAAAUUUUCUAUAUAUAGAUAUAUUCCUAUUAUAUAUAUGUAAUAUUUCCAUUCCCUGUAUAAUGUGUAUUUUGUGUGUAAGAGGUAUCUCACUUUGUGGGAGACAAUAUCCACUUCUAACAUAUUGAAAAUGCCUGAAUUGCUAAAAACAAAAAAAUUUGUAGAAAAUUCUUAGAAAAGGGCCAAAG